CCAGAAUAUGGCGGACACAAAUGCAUUGCACUGUGGUGACUGUGGUGAUAUGUUAUCUUUUUUUAACUAUUUAGUUUGUACUACUGUAAAAGAAAUUGAGGGAGUGAAUCAAAGUAGAAUUAGUUUAUCUUCGUUAAAGUUGAACAAGAAACGUGCAAGUGGAGAUUUAAUUCUUCCUGGUUUUGUUCGUGCCUGUUGUGUAUCAGAUCAGCAAAGCAGCAGAGAAAAUGUAAGAACUAGAUAAAUGGAAAACGGUUUAUACUUUAUUUAUAGUAAAAGCUUUUUUCUUUUAGACUAUUUUUUGGUAACUUUGAGGAGAGGUGGAGGAGCCCAGUUCCCCCCUCCUUUGGAGAUGGUAAAGAAAAAAUAUUUUCUGUUGUCUAUUAGAACCCAUCAAACUCAUUACUUACGUUACAAAGGUAACUUUAGCUUAAGAUUAAAUUUUUUCAAGCACAUGCUGACCUCUUUGUAAACUUUGCAACACUUAUGUAAGGAUAGAAAGCUGGUUGUCCAUUUGAGUUAAUUUACAGCUGAUGUCAUGAUGACUAUGUUGAUUGACAAGAAGAAAAGGGUUUCUCUUCGCUGGAAACUAAACUGUAUUUUUAUGGAAAUUCUUCCAAAAGAAAUUGUAUUUUUUUGUCAACGAACAUGGUAACCUUGUCACAUGCAUGCAAACCAAGAAUAUUAAAAUAAAAAAGGCUGAAAAAGGCUCAUAGGCUCAUAUUACAAGAAAAAAGUUGAUGCAUUUUUAUAAUAUUGAAAAGGAUAAUAGUUUUAUACAUGUACACUGCAUGCAUUUCUACCCAUUUUAGAAUUUCAGAAAAUCUUCAUGAUUUUCUGAGUAGUUAUAGAUAUAUUUAUGUGUUUGGACAGUGAUUUGUUAUUUUUGAUAUCAUUAUUACUAUGGACGAUUAUUUUUAUUCCUAUUGUUGUAAUUUUGUAACCUGACAACAAAAAGUGCUGGUUUUCAUUGUUGCAUUUUAAAAGAACCCUUCAGAUAGGUUAAUAUGUACCACAUAAAAUUCUCUAAGAAAUUCAAUGUAGAAUAAAUAAUUUUUGUGUGGUAUAUAUUACUGUUGUUUUUACUCUGCAUGCAUGAUACUAAUCAAUUUGUACCUAUUGAAUGCUUUUAGGACCAUUUUCAAAGACUUUGUCAGGAGAUUACCAGUCACUUGUCCAGACUUCAGUUUUUUGAAACCUGUUGUGUGACUUCAAGUGUAGGCCAUCUCUUGUUGAAGCUAAACAGAUCUCUUGUCAGUGGGACAGUAAUUUACAAUGUGCUGAAUAAAGUGGAUUUUACUUUUACUGAGUCACCUGAAAAACAGAAACUGGCUUUGUUGCUGAAUCCAUCUUUAUUGUGGAGUUUUAAUAGUGAGGAACAAGAAAAUUUAAGUCUUGAUCAGUUAAGAACAGCCCUUGUUACUGAACACAGCAAAGAACUUUUACAAGUUACUGGGUAAGUGAUGUCUUUGUCUGUUGUUAGCUUGUGUACUAAAAUGCAUAUUCAGCUGUUCGCUAUGGUCUGUGGGGAUGGCCUGGGGGCACCUUCUUUUUUGGCUAAAAUGUGUAGUUGCUGCCGAACAGGGUAUGGUUUUUGCAGUCUUGAGUCUUAAUGUCUUGAACAGGUUCCCUUCUAGACCAGAAGCCUUGAAUUUGGUGUGAAUGUUAGCAGUGCAUGGUCUACAUGCCUGGAGUACCAACAUUUUUUAAAUGUAUUUCAAUAAUGUCAGUUAUGAAAAAAAGUUUUUGUGUGGGCGAAAUGAAAAAAAAAAAAGCAGAAAUGUCAGUUUUCCCAAAUGGGGUCACAAAAUACACAGAUUUUGGCUUGCAUGUACAUGGGGUAGUAAAAUGCUCAAAUUUUACCCUAAAGAGGGUCAAAGUUUGAAAGGAGUUUGGGGGUUCAUCUCUAAAAAAACAUUUUGUUUACUAUCAGUACUAGUGGUCAGUGAAGGCUCAGUUCAGGGGAUGGGAAUGGGGUCAGUGUUUUGUUGAAACCCAGGGUUGUCUUGAACACAGUUUUCUUGAUGUGAACAGGAAGCAAUACACUACCAAAAACUAUGUGUAAAAUUCAUUUGCAACUCAUAUCUUAUCCCAUAUAGUCAUCUCUCAUCAUGCUUACCCCACCCCCAGAUAAUAUGGGCAGCAACUAAACCCCUGGCAAAACCAAAUUAUAGAACUUGACUGAAGUAAACUUACACUACCAAGGACAAUGGUUAUUGAGGACAUUAACUGACCUUCCUGACAGUGUUUGCAAUAAAACAAAUUGACACUGAUCAUUUCUUUAAGUUGCAUUAACAAAUAUUACAUGUAAGUCAUACUUCUAGGAGAUUUUUGGAAAGAUCCUCGUGAGGGAAAUUUGCAUCACUGGACCCCCAACCCCCUAGAACAUCACACUGACCAUCUGCAAAUGUGGGGAUGAAAAUUUUCUAGAUCUCGAUGAUUCGUGGUAUGUCUACUGAAUUUCUUUUCAUGUGUAUAUGUAUUUCUAAUAUUGCAGAAUGCCUGUCAAAUUAAUACCAUUUGAGUGCCAAGCCAAUAUACACCCUGAUCUUCAAGCCAGCAAGCUGCAAUUAUGUCACAUUUUUGUUCCAUCAUGCAUGUCAAGGAAAGCUGACGCAAUGGUGCCAGAUAUUGAAAUUGUUAGGAAAGUUGAAGAACUUGUUAAUAUCUUACAAAGUCUGAAGUUUAGCAAACAAGUUGAAUCAAUCAAAUCAAGUACUGAACCAGCUUCACAUUCUUGCAACAAUGAAGUCGCAGUAGGGAAGUAUAAUUGUGACUCUAUGAGAUAUGAAUGCUCCACCAGAAACUUUGUUUGUGACAUCAAAGAUUUUCAUAGUGAUAUGCAAAAGCAUUCAGGUGAGUAUUUCACAUAUCAAGUGCACCUUUUGGGCCUUCACACCUAAGACUCCUGCAAAUGAAGGGGCUACUUUGUGCAGUCUGCUGGAGUCAAACCUACAAUCUUGGACAAAACUGUUGAGAAAAUUGCAUAUUUGGGGGGCAUUUUUUCUAAACUUCGUAGCCGACCGAUUCUUCCCUCCCCCCCUAUCCCUGGAAGCAGUGUUGUUGGGCCUUCAAAAGAAAGCCGGAUCCCUAAGCAUUUGCAUGAAGCAACUUUGAAUUGGGGGAGGGGGUAUUCUUUACGCAAAGCUGUUGAUUUGGAAAUAGUUUUGUUGCGUUAGGUAGUGUGCAUUAAUGAAAACAUUUUCUCAAGUAGUUUUGUCCAGGAUUGUAUUUGACCAGAAAAGUCGAUUUUGAGCAUUUACCGUGGGCACAUAAAUCUGUUCUUUAUAUAAUUCAUACAUUUCACAGAAAAGUAGAUAAUUAAUGGGAAAUAAGUGACAACAGAGGAGUUGAUGACAAGAAAAUCAACUUGUCUGUCUUUCUUGAUUCAAGUAGCCAGUCGUGAAUGUUUGCGAAUUUCAUUUUCCAUGCAGGGUUUUUACGCGUGCUUUGAGUGUAGAGGAGCAGGCAUACAUUACGUUUUUGGCGGAUGAGAAGGACGUCUCCGUCAAGGAGAUUACCCACAAAACGGGAAUUUCACCUGCUACGAUUCGACCAACAAAUAACACAUGAAAGUUUUGCUGAAUUUUCAGAGCGCGUGACCCAUACUUUGAACAAUUUUCCCAUUGCCGAAAUAGAUAAAACAAUCAAAGUCAAUGAACAAGCGCUUGCCAUUAAUAACAGCAUCAAAUGGAGAGAGGAUUAAAUAUUAACAAAACUUGUAUUUUUACUCUCCCAAUUUGAAAGCUUACUUUUUGACAUUGUAGCGAUGUCCAGUGCAAAAAAUCACACUAUGAAAUCUAGAAAUGUCAUGCGCAGUAACGUGACAAGAUGUACUAUCGUGUGACCUGUAAGAGUGCAUGUUUUGCCCUAGGGCUAUUUAUAGCUACAUAUGACUGGAAGAAAUUAUGAGAUAAAUUCAUCAUUUGUAAAGCAAGAGAUAGUAAAAUUGCCACAGUUGUCUUCUAAUCUCUUUCUCUCCACAAUAUCCAAGAUUCGGAACGAUUAACAGGACAUUUUUAAGGUGCUACAAAAAUUAGCAACGGUUAACAACGGUUAACAAGGACAUUUCAUAAGAAUUCAGAAGGUCAUUUAAUUUUAAAAACGAAAUGGUGUUAACCGUUUCAAUGCUUUGUUAAUCAUAAUAUUAUUCUAUCCAUGGAAUUAUCAUAAAAAGUUAACUGACUUGUAGCAAACGAGAUUUCUGUAACCCUCAUAGUUUAGCCAAUUUUAAGAUCUGAGAAGCAGUUUCCACGUGACGGGAUACGUUUCCAUAUUGGCUUCACUAUACGUCACUAAAUAAAUCACUAAAUAAACACUACGAACUUCUUUUCUUCUAAGAAAACCAUCAUCCAAGUCUUGUUCUGACUCUUCUGAAAACUAUAAAUCACUUUCCACACUUUCCAAGCCUGCCAGGUUUGAACAACACGAAAACAUGUCACGAUGAUCACUCGUUAUACGGCUACUACAAAAUCUUACUGUUUUAAGAGGGUGCAGCAAAAAAGGUAUAUGAGGUUGUACUUUUCUAUGAGAAGAUGGUGUGCCGUGAAACUUUGUGCUCAAAACAGCUUCUGUAAAGUGCUUUUUAUUGGUAGGUUUCCGUUUUGUCCAUGUUAAUAUUCUUGCUAAAAAACACGAAUCACUUUAUAUACAAUCUUGGACAAAACUGUUAAGAAAAUUGCAUAUUUGGGGGGCAUUUUUUCUGAACUUCGUAGCCGACCGAUUCUUCCCUCCCCCCCUCCCCCUGGAAGCAGUGUUGUUGGGCCUUCAAAAGAAAGCCGGAUCCCUAAGCAUUUGCAUGAAGCAACUUUGAAUUGGGGGAGGGGGUAUUCUUUACGCAAAGCUGUUGAUUUGGAAAUAGUUUUGUUGCGUUAGGUAGUGUGCAUUAAUGAAAACAUUUUCUCAAGUAGUUUUGUCCAGGAUUGUAGCUCUACAGACACCUGCUUAUUAUGGACGUUUUCUAUGUCCAUGGGGAAAACAAUUCCCCGGGGAUAUCUAAGCAAACUAACAACCAAUAAAAUAGGACACACCAUUUGUUUGGCAUGAAGAGAGAUUUAUCUCUAAAUUCAAGCCGCCUAAUAUAGACACCCCUCAAUGUACACAACAGACACUUCUUUUUUGCACAGUCAAUAGAUUCUUAUAGAAAGUUAACCUUGCUAAUGUGGACAACAGCGGUGUGCUAUAAUUACCUUUUCCUUUUUUAAGUAAGGUUCCCGGAAUGAUGGCUUUGUGAAAGUUAGGGAUGUUUAAUUUGAUGAUGAGCACUAGCACUAUUUUGUUCAAAUACGGGACAAUGUAUUCUUGACUUACAUAGAAUGACCAGCUUAAUACAGAUGUUACAGGUCAAAAUUGUUUUCAUGUUAAAUUUGAUUUAACCUAGGUUGAUUCUCAAUUCCUUUGUCUCCUAACCCUAAUUAAGAGACAAAGGAAUGGAGAAUCAACCAAGGUUAAAACAAUUUAACCUGAAAUUCAAUUUGACCUGUAACACACACACCCCUUUAAUAUGGACACUUUCUAUGGCCCCUGCCGUCAGUAUUCAUGUUAACAGGGUUUGACUGCAGUACUGUUAUCAUUGUCAUCAUUAUAAUAUUAUUAGUAUCAUUAGCAAAAGCGUUAGUUAAUACAUCAUCAACAACAUUUUACGACUGUCUAAAUUUCAGUCUUUGUGAUGGGUCUGCAAGAAAUCUCCUAUUCCCCCCACCCCCUUUACUUGCACAAGUGACACACUGUUCUGUGUUUAGAGAAUCUAGCCUUUCCAUGAUGUAUGAUGUAGCGUGCUACAGCUGUUUCACAGCUUAUGUAUGCCAAUGAAUAGCUUGUUUAUGCUACUUCAGCUAUGUCUGUGUAGUAAUAGAAUGAGAGCCAUAAAUUCAACAUGGUUUUUAAGUCGGUCAGCAUUAGAUCCCAUUGGCCGUAGCCCCUUUCUCCCUUCAUGAAUUAUACAAGGUAUCGAAACAUAGGUAGAACUGUUUUCUGCUUUUAUAUCACUCUUAGGUGAUAUGUCAAGGAGUAAAUGUUCAUGAAAGUGCAAGUCUCUUCAAUUUGAAAGAAAAAAGAAAUCGUUAUGAAUAGCUGUAGGAUGCGAACCCGCAACACAGAAGAUCCAGUAUACCAUGCUAACCACUAAACCACUGAGGAUUUGAUGGAUGGAAGGGAAAUAAUUUAAACACAUAAUUAUAGCAUCAACCCCAACCCAAAAAAGAACUUAACCAAGUUUCCAAAACAGUGCUUAACCCUAAUCAGUAAAGGCAAUGCUUAACCACUACCACCACUUUAAGGAAAACUACACUGUGUAAAUUUCAUGAGGUGUCUGAAGGGGCCAUGGUUGAGGGGAUCUAAUGUUAACCUUUUAAGUCACUCAUAAACAAUUAUGUGUUUUUGUCUUGUAUUAAGUGACAUCACCCUUGGUGCGAUAGGCAACCUUUGCCAAGUAUGAAUAUAGAAAUAGAAAUCUUUUUUCUCUUGUAAGGCCGGUUUCAAACGUCGUGCUACUGCCAUGUGAACUCAACUGAUCGAAUUAAAUUCAACUUUAUCACGGGAGUAGCUCGACUUGGUUUCAAACGUCGUGCUACCGCUGUGCCGAACUCAAUUCAUGAACUAUAAAUACAUUAGAAUAUAUUUAGAAGUUUGCUAAACCGUUUCUUUAUUUUUUUGUUUUGUUUUUGGCAACAGCCAUUCCAUUUGACUGUCAUUGUGUGAAUUAAAUUCGACGUCUGAAACCAAGUCAUGCUAAUGUCGUGCUGCAGUCAAGCUACAGUUGAGCCAGCUUAGCACGGCAGUAGCACGACGUUUGAAACAGGCUUAAGCUAAAAUGAGCUGUAAUUUUUACUCAUUUCUUAUACACAGUUUCUCUGUCAUGUUCAUUGCUAAAGGAGGUAGCAAAGCUGGAACUUGUUGGAAAAAGUGUAGGUUAAAUGAUGAGUGGUAAUAUUUAUUAAGAAGGAUGAACUUGCUAAUUUACUUCUACAAUCAAUAAUGCUCAAAAUUAAUGAAAAUAAAUUAUUUAACAUGUUUAAAGCUACUACUAACCAGGAGAAUGUAACAAACAGCUCAAAGCAUUACUUUUAAGCAGAUUUUGUCUUAAGUAUAACAUCAUAAAUGGUUUUAAAGGGAAGAAUGAAGCUUUGAUUUAAAAUAAGUAUGCUAAGGUUGCUUUGGGCAUUGGAAAUUGGGCACUAGGAAGCUAUUGUUUCAAAUCAUUGCAUUCUUCAGUAUGCCCAAAUGCCCAAUUGCCAAUUGCAAAUGCCUAAAACAGCCUUUAUUGAAUCAGCUAUAUCUUCAUUGAACUUUCAGUUGUUGUUGCGAUGAUAUCAUUUUGUAGAGAGCCUAAUAGUUGAUAUUGUUCUUGCUGUGGCCUUAAUGUCGUAUAGAAAGUUAUUGCAACUUGUUUGUUGUCACACCCCCAUCCUCCAUAACUUUCAUGCUUAUUGCGGUUCUUUCUCAUUAUGACAGGCUGUUAGUGCAGACAUACUGCUUCACAUUACAAGCUGUCGAAGAGCAUUUACCCAACAGCAGGUCAGCGCUGUGUGGCAGAGGGUCUCUGAAUCUCCUCUGGUAAACAAACAGGUACCAUACAGACUGUACAUGUAGCUACAUUGUAUAGACAGUGAGCAACAUUUGUUUUGUAUCUUACAAAAGGCUUGUCCCACACUAAGCUACAAAGAGAUUUUAAGCCUUUGUUCACAAUGAAGACAAUUUUUUUUUGAUAGAGAUAUGAUGGUGGAUUUUAAGCUUGGUGAAUACAUUAGAAUUUUUUUCAAUCUGUCACACAGGUCGCUCAGUGGCACUGUUGAACUGCCUCUAACAGCCAUCUCUCUAAAACAGCCACUGUUUUUGUUGCAAUGGACAAAUAAUCCAUACAUUGACCUUUGUUUAAAUUAAAACCUCUCUAGAACCUAGAGCACCUAUUUCGAGGAUCAAUUUGUGGUAUUUAUUUAAUAUUUAUUUAUUUAUCUAUUACUGCUUUCCAUGUUAUCCAAUAGAUGAAAAAGGAAAAUUAGAAGUUACCUUUUCCUUUGCAUACAAUGACUAUCUUUUGCUGAACAGCCAACAUUAAAACUAGUGUAACAGUCAAGUUCUUCUGAGGUUUAACCUUACUUUUGCAUCUAUUAAUGGCCUUUAGUUCUGGAUUUAUGCAAUAAGUAAAGACUUUGUUCCUUUUUUAUUUGAUGUUGCUCCAUUGUUGUAGAGUUCACUUAAUCCAUAGUUUACAUUACAGAAGUGCUCAGUAUUUAAAUUUUUAAAUUUAAAUUUUUACUCAAUUUGCAGUUCCUUGUCAGUCAUGGACUUGUUACAGUAAACAGCAAUGGAGAAAAACUUCAAGUUCCUUUUGGUGCAAUGGAUCUUCUCAAGUGAGAGAAUUCUUCACUUAAAGUGGCUUUCUCUACUUAUAUAGUAUUGAUUACACCUUUCCACAGAAGUGAAAUCUAUAAUGUCUGAUGUGGGUCGAAAACCCCUGAUGAUCAUUAGCAAUUAUUUUCUUCUUAUCUAAAGCAUUUGUUGCAGAACCUUCUGAUGUUCUAUAGUGAUCAAAAUGUGCAAUCACUUUGUAAGGUGUCCUGAGGCCCACGUUGCAUAAAAUAUUUUAAGAUUAUGUUUCAUUUGUUUUAUUGUUCCAAAACUAUGGAUUGUUGUUCAGAACAAUAAAGCUCUCUUCUCUCAAGAAUUUUCUUUAAGCAGGUGGGUCCUGUACCAGGUUUUUUAGUGGCUGCUGGGAACUCUUAGCCAGCUUUCAAAACAAUACUUUGCAACCCAACUGAAAUGCUCUAGACUAUAAAAGUUAGAACUGAAGUCAUCCAGUGCUAUGAGCUGGUUAUACCUUGUAAGCCUUGUUGAAAGUGAAUUACUUUGUUUUUGUAGAGUGCGUGAAAAGCAGCUCAUGGAGUCCUAUGUUUUGAAAUAUGGCAACAAAGUUGAAGGUACAUGUGAGUUCCAGAAACAUAGAACAGGUUGAAUUGCAUGACAUGAAUCUUGGGAGGCAGUAGUAGAGUGUGUCACACACUAUCUUGUUUUUUAGUGGUAAGCCCAUCAUACAGAGGCUGACAUCACAACAUCACAGAAUGUACAGUAACUCUAUUUCCUUUUCCAUGAAAUUAAAGAACUAAUCGUGUCUGUCUUCUGAGCCAAGGGGAACCACUCAACUUGGGUGUAGACCCACCCCCUAAGGACUGUUUUGGACAACAUCAGGGUUUAAAAACUUGAAGUUUUUUUUAAUGUUAGUCAUUACACUUUGUGAUCACUGUGCAUUUCUCACGGUUAUAGGGUAAACGUAACAUAUUAUUAUUGACAAGUUUGGUUUUCGUUUGUACGUAGUACUUAUCAGAUUUCAACUGGGCUGCAAUCUAGUAAUGUCACUAAAAGCUGUUUGUGAUUUUUAGUUAGCAGUCAUAUCAAAACAUGCCCUGGAUUGUUAUGUUACUUAUUGCAGAGACAGAUUUCUCUCCACACCUUAACUGUGAUCACUACAAUUGGCUGCAAUUGUGUAUAUUGUAUAGCCUUGUAUGAAAAUGUUGUAUCCACUUAGAGUUCAGUAAAUUAAAAACAUUGUGGGAACCUUGAUCUCUUUUCCUAUAAACUGAAGUAUACAUCUAAGUAGAAAAAUGUGUGGGACCAUCUUAGCACAGCAGCAAAUUUAAUGCUGUAUUUUUAAAAGAAAUAAGCCUUCAAUGUUCCGUGUUUUGUAUUUUAGGACAUGCUUGGGAAUCUUCAAUUCAUCAGAUGGCAGUUGCGGCUGUUAAGCUUGAGAUUCUAUCAAUAGCUCCAAAUAGUGAAGUAAGUUGCAUAACCUCUUAACACUGUUCUGCUUUAAACUUGAGUUAUUGAGUGUUAUUGAUAUAACUGUCAAAUUGCCAAGUUGGUAUAAGUUUAGACCCUAUAUCCUGCAUGUGCAGUGUAUGUUCUCCAUACUGAUCUCCUUGCAUUUCCUAAAAGAACUAGUGAAAAACUGAAGAGAAUUUGAUAAAGGAUGUAAUAUUUUGAUGUAAACAAUGUCCAGUUGCUCAGUACUGGAGGCUGAGAUUCAUUCAUUUUGUUGCACCCUUACAUUAAUUUUAUCCAUAGAUCUCACCAUAACACUCUCCCUUAAUAAGUUUAGUACAAGAAGGUAUUGCUCUAUAACAUUUAUAAGCCUCUUUAUUUCAUAUUUACAGGUCAAAAUUGAUGUGUCUGAAUCUUCAAGAGAAUUUAGACAAGCCACUUUUGUUAUGUAUAACUGUGCCAGGCUGGCUAAACUGUUCGAAAACUUUGAGAAAAAUGUCCUUAAAGGUGAGAACAAACAAAACAGUCAUAGAUGGAAAACACAUGUCAAGCAAUUAAGGGUUUCAAUAAUUUUGCUUAUAUGGUGUGUGAGCUAGGUUAUCAGGGAGAGGGUUUAUGCAAUGUUCAACACAUCAGGGGCUGCAGUGUUUUAACACUGGUUAACAAUGCAAUUUCAGCACAUAGAACUCUCCUGACGGACACUCUCAUAAGCGGACAGCUCUAUUUACAGCAGCCUUCAGAAAACCCUUUUUUUCUCAGCUCCCAUACGAAUUCUGAAUUUUUAUAUUCCUGUAAGUAGCCAGCUCCAGACAUGGAAACCUUUUUCACUCUCCCAAGGGUGUCUGCUCACAACAGUUUCCAAUGUAGUGAUAAAACAUGUGCUGUGAGUGUUUUGAACAGCUUCAAAAAGAUCCCUGGAGUAUUCCCAUCAAUGCACUUCUCUUUGUGUUGAUUGAAAAAUGUCACAUAAAAGCGCCAAAAUCACAGAGGUUGGUGAGAUAUAGUUAUGCUGCAAAUGCAUUGUGCAACUGAAGUGUACACAGUCAGUGUAUGCUUCUACCUGCUUUCGCAAUGCAGCUAUGUAAAUGAAUGAACUGUACAUUAGUCCCAGUUUUUCCCCUGAACAGUCAAAGCCACACCCAGCUUUUCAGACUUUGAACUAUAAAUACCUGAUGUAACAAAACCCUGAGUGUAUAUCAAAAACGUGGCAUAAUGAAAGACAUUCUGCAACACCAGUUAUAGCAUAUAUAAUGUUUGGUUUAGGAACCGGCAGUGAUAUAACUUACCCCCAAUACAGCAACUGAUUUUCCUGUCUCCAUUGUAUCUGGUUCUCAAUUUUUAAUAUUAUAGUUACAAACUUCACUGGGAAGAUGUCAUUUAGGGAGAUUUAUUGUUAAACCGAAAAAUGUGUUACUGUUUACUAGGUAUAUACCCAGCUCUUCCACCCAUCCAAGAAGUGGAUUUCAGUCUUCUUCGUGAUGAAGUAAGUUGCAGUAGCUUAUUUCUUUACCUGUUGCAAUGUGAGAGCACUAUUCAAACGAUGUAUUUUUUGUAUUUGCAAAUAUAUUAUCUUAACUUCCAUAUGAAGAAAAACAAUGGCUAUACAGUUAAUGAUACUUAGUCAAAUUCAUCUACCUUUUCCUGAUAGAACAGGCACUUUCAACUCAGACACAACUUAACACAUUCAAUUGAUGAAGACAUAAUAAUCACUAUUCCACCAAUUUGCUUGUUUUGGCUGCCUGAAUGGUAGUAACCCAGUUGUAGCCAACACCAAAAAGGCGGAUUAUUUUCCCUUUAUGAUUUUUCUUUACAAUCUUUUACAGGAUGAGUGGGAAUUAAUACUCAACUUUAUUGUGACGUUUCCAUCAGUUAUCAAGAGCACGGUGCCUAAAAUCACUUUGAAGUCGCAUAAUGUCAUUAUCCAAACCAAUAAGGUAAAUUUACAUACCGAACUACACAACUUUCUACAUAAAUCGAUUUUCUCAUGACCUUGAAAUGAAAACUCGCGAACGAAACAGAAACAACAAACGAACGGAAAUAGAGCGAUUUGAUUGGUUUAUCGAAGGGAUACAAACGCGCGUGGCUUUGGUUGGUUAAGCGAACGCUCGGGUGAAAAAACUUCGUGCCCGAAUCAUUGGAUACUUCGCUUUGAUGCCAUACUGCAACACGAUUGGUCUAUAGAACAAUGGCUUCUCCAUUUUAGGGUUUUCUUUGGUUUUGAUCUUUUCAUCCAUUGGCUGAUAAAAACAACUCAUGAACACGUACCGAAACCAUUUUUCAAGGUCAUACGAAAAUCGCUCUACAGUCUAACCUCUCCUUACGGACACCACUGUCUAAUACGGACACCUCUCUAUUACGGAUAGUUCGUUUGGUCCCAGAAAUGCCAAAAAUCAUACAUUCCUUACCUCUAUAAUACGGACACCUCUGUAGAGCGGACACUUGGUUCUGUCCCUUUAGUGCUCGCAUUAAAGAGGUUUGACUGUAUCAUGUUCCCUCAAGUACUGUAGUCUUUCAAAUGAAUAAGUGCAAAUGAAAUAUAACUACUAUGCAAUUUUCCUGUACCCUAAAGGGCUUUUCAAGGAUAAUGAAAUAUACAAUCUAAGUUGAAUAGGCCGAAAAUAAUGUUAGAAAUCCAAAAUGGCAGGAGGAAACCAGUUGGUAACUUGGAGUGGUAAUAUAAUAUGAACCUCGCAUUUAAUGCCCUAGACCACUCAGCCAUGCUGGGUGUAGGUUACUGGUGUGGUUGACCUGUGUUAUGUUGCCAUUUUAUCCAAGCAAAGCAUUGACAAUUAGAAUGAAACGUGAACAACAGCUCUGAUGGCGAUACUCACUGGUGAAGUCACGUUCAUACGUGGCAACCAGAGUUUGUUUUUGUGUAACAAUGGUGCAUUUUAUUCAAGGUUAUUGCAAAGUUUAGUUUGACCGUUUGAUUUAUUUACAGAUCUGUUCCUUUUUGUUCACUUUGAGCCAUAAAUUCAGUUCUUACUAUGGACGGGUGCACAUUCUUGGGGUAAGAACUAAAACCAAUGGAAAUAGUCUUUUUCACAGCAACCUUGCUCAGGUUUUUUGCAGCCCUCUCAAAGGUGACACCAUGCAGCCUAUUCAAAAUGGUUACAAUGUUCUUAAUAAUUUCGAAAUGCGCACGGUAUGAUUUAGCCUGAAUUUUAUCCGAUUGCUUCGAGUCGUUUUCUCCUCUCAGCAACGUCUACAUCGACCGGCCGUUAAUGCCAGGCAGUGAUUUUGAUUGGUUGAUUGUCUAAUCAUUCGCAUAAUUAUAAAUGAUUACGAGAAAUUUUAGCGGGAAUGUCUUUUGAUAUUCAGCGGAUCGCAUCCCCGGCAUGCUUGUGUGGAGUUCAAACAUUUCAAUAAUCUUUACCGUAAACAGCAAAAUUGCCCUUGUCGUCGAAGCUGAAUUGCUAAAUUGGCUGCGAAUGAAGAAUCGUUGCGCAGAGUCGGCAGGUUUUUCAUUUAGACCCGCUUUGUGGUUUUGGCAGUGAUUUUGCUUAUGCGAAGUUUCUGAGAUUGAAGUUAUAAUUCGACCUUCUUGUCAUUUCCACCGUCAAGUGUAAUGAUUCUGUUAGCUUUUCUUUGUUGUUUCUUUGUUUUCGUUUUUCUUCGUUAAAGAGCAGUUAGCUUCUUCUUGAUUAAAGCAAAUCGUCUGUUUUUGAACUAAGUGUUCCGUGUGUGUAUUUAUUUCAUUGCGUAAUUGCGAUCAAGCUUGAUUAUUGAGUUACGACCGGUUCAGAGUUGACAGUUUGAACGUUAAACAUGAAUUACAAUUGAAAAGAGUGAAGCAUUUCUGUAUCAUGUGGACAUUUCCAAACGAUAUUUCUUAGUUUGCUGCUUAAAAAUCGCGUUUUACUUUUCGCAUGAAUUAAAGCACAGGAGUAGUGAUAUCACUGGACGACAUUAACGGCCGGUCGAUUCAGACGUUACUGAGGGAGUGAAAACGACUCGAAGUAAUUGUCUUAAAUUCAGGCUAGGUAUGAUUUAAAAUCAUCUCAUUUUUGCUCAGAACGGUUAUGAAAUUUAUGACUGGGUAAAUUUCAUUUCGUUUGUUCCCAGCUUUUCUUACACACAUGUAUGUGCUUUACUGUUAAAUCAUGCCUGCAGUCUUCUCAUACGUUUAAAUAAACUUCGUAUUUCCAAAGCAAACAAGAUUGCAAAGUUAGUUAUGUUUAGCUGAUGUUCUUUUGCUAAAAACAUCACCACAAUUAUUGACAGCCUAGGAAAAAAGAGCAGGAGAAAGGUGACUGUUGGCUGUCUAACUUUUUCGAUUACUUUGGGAUGAGGCUCUUUGAAAGCAUAGACACUGCGGAAACAAAACAAGUCGGCUGAUUUCCGUUGAACGAGGCUCGUCAUGAGCAAUAGUCAUCCUAGUCAUCCUAGUCAAUAGUCUCCUAACUAGUAUAUGUGGAAUGCUACAAUUGUAGGUCUGAGUGUUUCCCAGUCAUUCAAGUCACCGUUCAACCAAAUCAGCAUAGUCACCCAAGUUACCCUAGUAAACUUUGUCUUCCUGGUCACCCUAGUCACCCAUUCACCCCGGUAGCCCCAGUAGUAACUAUUAUCUUGGUUUAAUAUCUUUACCGAUUUCUCUACAGGAAUCGCGACAUCAUCUUUUCCCCACCAUGUUUGCAAGACUUUAUCUGAUGAAAGCUCUUCAACAGGUAAGCUACGAAUAUUGGGCCGUCAAAGUGAUGUCACAAACUUGUAGAGACUGCCUUUGUUUAAUAAAUUCUUCAGUACAAAUCACUAUGUCGAAUCAACGAAAAAUUGGAAAAUUAAAAAAUUUUAAUGACAAUAAAACAUUUAUGGAAGCUCACCAAAUUGAGCUUAUGACAGUGUUAAUGAACCGGUACUCGUAUAUAUGCUGUUAUUUAUCUUGUACUGUUUUUGGACCUGAUAAGGGGGCAGCUUCGAAAACGUUUGGAUUGCUUAACUUUCUGAUUUGAUCUUUUCCGUUUCGUUUAAGAAAUCCUAACACAGUUAUUUAAUUCUGUUUUCAGAUAAUUUUGACCUGCCUAAAGCUUUUGAAUAUCAGCUCGCUGAACCAAAUGUAAUGAAAAGCAGCAGCUUAGUCUUGUGACAGAGAGCUAAGGACCAUACAUUCUAUGAUUUUGGGUCCCAGCGACGGAAUAGAUGAUAACCAACGAUGGUCUUUUAUUGGAAAAGCAACAAAGUUAAACAAAACAGUUAACUUAAUGCAGUUCCGCAGUAUUUCUGUUUGGAUAGAAAGUCAUUCAUCAGUACUGCUCUCUAUAAUAACAUCAACAACAACAACAACAAUAAUAAUAACAAUAACAGUAUGUCUAUGUUGUGGUACAAUCUUGUCCUCUGUUUUAAGUAACGAGAAAGUUAGACGAAGAGUUUGCAACAAAGGGAAAUAAAAUUUGAUCCAAC